AGACUUUCUCUUUCUCUUUCUCACAACAAGAAAAAAGAAGAAAAAAAAAGAGAACAUUUUUGAGCAAUGGAGGCUUUGAAGAUGAAGCUUUUCUUGGCUAUGGUGGUGAUGUUGGUUAUGGCAGCAACAAAUGUCUCAGCUGCUGAGGCACCAGCACCAAGUCCCACAUCAGAUGCCACCACCCUCUUUGUGCCAACUGCUUUUGCUUCUCUCAUUGCUCUUGCAUUUGGCUUUGUCUUCUGAUUCCUCAACCGGAUUUGGUUUCUAAUUUACAUGUGAAGUUCGAUUUGUGCAGAGGUUGUUAUGUUUUUCUAUAUUAUUAAUCAUUCAUAUUCUUAUGUAACACAUUCAUUCCUCAUUGUACUUUUUAUGGGUUGUGACUAUGUAAUCUUAUUGUGAUUUGUUUGGUUUCA